CGCUUGCUGGCUCUGUGGCUUUCCUCUCCGCCGGGCUAGGGAGGCCGGUCACUCAGGAUGGGUGACCCCGAGGGUCCCCCGGCCGCCCAUUCUGGGGCACGCCUGGCCCACCGCCCUCGCCCGUCCUGCGGGGGCGUGGGCCGGGCUGGGAAGGAUAAGGUUACUCCCGGGCCUCGUCGGUCUGGAGGAAGGGAGGCGGGUCGCAGCCAGCGCCCGGGCCCGCUGGGAGUUCCCACAGUUGGCAGCUCUGGUCCGUGGGGCCGCAUCCCUGCGAGCUGCCGUGGGUCCGGAGCGCAGCCGGGGGCCGGUGCGCCGCCAUGCUCACAGCCAGGCCGCCCGGGCGCAGCUGCGGCUCCCUGCAACGCUGGCUGCUCAGCGCGGCGCUGCUGUUGGGCCUGAGGCUCUGCGUGGAGCUGCGCCGCGCGGGGUACGGACCCCCAGCCCGCCGCGGGCCCCCCGAGCUGCCCCCGCCGCACCUGCUGCCAGCGCCCGGCCCUCCGCACGGCGCCAGCAGGAGGCAGGUGACCUACGUGCGCAGCAGGCGCCGAGCGCUGCCCGGGGGCGCAGGGAGAGUCACGCCGGAGCCCAGCUGCUGCGCCCCGCGUGGGCGCCCCGGCCGGAAGGGUCCCCGGUGGCACAUAGAGCUCCAGCCAUGGGCAGGCCCUGCUCAGUCCCUGGAUGAAGAGGCCUCGAGGUUCCUGAGCUACAUCAGCACCACUCAGAUUGCAUGCGAUCAUAUGGGCACAGAUAGCCUGGCUACUGACUCGAUUCCUGCAAAGAAGCCCUGGCUGGUGUGUCUUGAUGACAGGUUUGGCUUAGCUCAUCAAAUCCGCAACAAGCAGUGCCGCCUCUACUCUUUAGGGCUGGGAAGUGACGACAUCCGUUUUGAGGUGAGCAUGGCCAAUGAUGGAUGUGAAGUGCAUCGUUUCGAUCCCAGUGUCAAGUCAGCUCAUGUUCUGGAGAGUGAGCACCUUUGGCAUCACCGCUUGUCCGUCGAUUGGCGGGAUCCCCAUCCAGCUGUGGCUGCCCAAAAACCACACAGCAACACUAGAAAACUGGGGAGCAUUUUGAAUGAAUUUGGGCAUCACAAGAUUGAUGUUCUUAAGGCAGAUCUGGAAAGUGCAGAGUGGAAAGUUUUAGAAAAUCUUAUUCUGGAAGAUGUCCUCGAACAGAUUGGACAGCUCAUCUUUGAGAUCCAUCUCCACUGGCCUGGCUUUGAGGUCAGCGGCAGUGACAGCAGCGUCGUGCGGUUUUGGUACAGCCUCCUCAAAGAGUUAGAGCGGAAGGACUUCAGGCUUUUUCACAGCUACAAAGAUUUGUCUAAACCCCAGUUAUUCCUGAAGAAGGAUGUUUUCAAUGCCAGUAGCUGUUAUACUCUGAGUUGGGUAAAUACAAGAUGGAAAUAAGAUGACGAAUCUCAUCGACGACACAAAGCUCUUUUUGCAAAGGAAGCUCGUCCAGUGCCCACGGUUACCUGCUUGCGGCAGGGAUUGUGUUAUUGUCCCUGAAGUGCAGGUAGCCUUGCGCUUGACAUACUGACAGCAACACAGAUCCCUGUGGAAGGGAUGGGCACGGUCAGCCCAGUUGCUCAGACUCAGGCCUUUGCCUUUCUGCCUUUGACAGAAUGAGGAUGCACACCCCCUUCACUUACGCUUGGGGGGUAGGUAACCCCCAUACUCAUCCCAGUUUACUUAAAAUUCCUUAUGUAUCUAUACUCCAUGAAUUCACAAACAUUAAAAUGAAAUUUUAUUAAUUUUCUACUUUUACUAAGUUGAUCAGAUUUUAAAGUUCAUUAAAAUUGUUUCGUUUAUUUGAUUUUAAAUCAUCUUCUUCAAGUCUCCUUCACUUAUCUGACCAGUGCUUUACAGCCUUGUGGAUUGCAGUCACUCCUCCUCUGCCUUUCUAAGAACUAUUGAUUUUAGUUCCUGGGAACUUAGACACAUCAAGUUCUGUGAUAGAGCUUAAAGACUAUCAAGAGCUUCAAUUCAAAAUUGUUUUCAUACCCAGCUUUAAAUACUCUUUAUCGCCUAUGAAGCUAAGGACAAAGCAGAACGUGAGUGUUUUUCCUGUUGCCUUUUCUGUUUUCAAACAUGAAUGACUUCUGUACCAGAGACUUACUCAUGCUGUCAAAUCUUUACACUGUCUCAGGGCUGGAGCGAUGGCUCAGGCAAUAAAGUUGCUGCUGCAUAAGCAUGAGCAUCUGAAUUCGGAUUCCCUGCACUUAUAUAAAAGCACUGUACUCACAGUGCUGGGGGUGGGGGUAGGAUAGAGACAGGCAGAUCCUUGGAGCUCACUGGCCAGCU